AUGCAUUUCGUUCUCGGUCUUCCGCUGCUUGCUUCGCUGGCAAUGCCAGUCUCUGCAUCCUCCGACAUUGCAUAUUGUUCUACGGUGAACACUGGAUCGUCGUUUAACGCAAACAGCAGUAUCUACCAGUCAAACGGUGCAUGCCAAGAGCUAUGCAAUGCCGACUAUGCUUUUGGCAUUCUUAUGGACAAACGUUGCUGGUGCUCGAAUAUCGCACCAAACAAGGCAACCAACGUCGAUGUCUCCGAAUGUAGCGAUGGGUGCCCGGGUUAUCCUGCUGAUAGCUGCGGCAAUGAAUCCAAGGGGUACUAUGCGUACCUGGAAAUGUCGAUGCACAUGGCUUCGGGGACAGCCACGGUUUCAUCCACAGCAACCUCAACUGGAACCUCGUCAAGUUCCUCGGACUCGACAAGCUCUGGAGAUUCCACCACCACCGGAACGGUUGCGGUCCACACUGUCGCUGGUGUGGUAGAAACAGUCACCGUUGGAGGCUCGCAGUCCACCAGUUCAUCUUCGUCUAGCAAUAGCAGCGGCGACAGUUCGAGCCUGAGCAAAGGCGCUGUGGCGGGUGUUGUGGUUGGUUCUGUCGCCGGAUGCGUCGGUAUAAUACUUUUGAUUUUCCUUGUCCUGGCUGCCAAACGUCGGGCGCGUGCCAACAGCCCUGACCCAAGUGUACAAAAUAUCCUCCUCGAUGGACGACAAAGCAAAGGCUCACAGAUGAGUUUCAUGAAGGGCGUCUUUUCCGAUAACCACAGCCAUACAUUGUCCGCCGGCUCGUCGAUCACACCUCAACGCAUGCCGACCUUUACCGAUAAUCGCAUGAAGACCGAUGCGGCGCUUUAUCACCACGGUCACCACAGAGAUAGCACCACAUCACUGCAAGAUAAUGAAGACUAUUCUCGGCCUGUUUUGCGGUUGACCAACCCCGACUGA